CAAUAGACUAUAACAGUUCUGACAACAGGGAAGUCUUGCAUUAUAAUAUAGAGGAAUAGACCACUGAAUAUAUAAAUGUCAUACAGCAUAAAUUGUACAGUGAGACAGUAUAGCCGACGCUAUAUAACAUUAUAGACCAAUAACAACAGAAGUCAUGCAGUAAGUCAUGCAGCAAGCCAUGCACUGCUGUACAGGGACUCCCACCUGCACUGGAAUUCCAGGCAAACUUCUCACCCACACACAAAGUUUCCAAGAGCUGAUCUUUCACCACAGAGUCCUCACAAACAACAUCUACAAACAUCUAUUCAAACGCUCGUGCUCAAAAGGAAACUCGAUUGUCACGCGUUUUUGUCCUCCUCGCUGGUAUAUACCUCCCAUUGUAAUGCAUCCCCAUAUUCUCCAAGCCAAUUCUUCCAACUCAAAUGAAAUUUCAAAUGUUGUCUUUGAAAAUCCUAUGAUAUGGAAAGCAUAAAACACACAUGCCGAGCUCCUCUCGCGCACUCGAAGUACAGCGCCACCCGUCGGUUCCGACCAAAAGUGCAGCGCCUCCUCUCCUUCCUACUCUCCAAUGUUCACAGCUCGGCCGGAGACCGUCGUCUUCCCGGCUCCAUUUCAACUGGAUUUUUAACACUCCGAACCACCCCAGAUCAGGACAGGAGCGCGUCUAAGGUGGAAAAUGUCCAGUGAAAGGCAACGGUCAGAUGAUGAAAGUCCCAGCACCAGCAGUGGUAGUUCUGAUGCAGAUCAGAGAGACCCUCCGGUGCCAGAACCAGAAGAACAAGAAGAGAGAAAACAGCCCACGCCUCCACAACAGCAGAAGAAAUCCACCAAACUCUCCAGCAAAACAACAGCCAAAUUAUCCUCCAGUGCAAAGAGAAUCCAGAAAGAGCUCGCAGAAAUCACUCUGGAUCCGCCGCCCAACUGCAGUGCGGGACCUAAGGGUGACAACAUCUAUGAAUGGAGAUCUACUAUUUUGGGGCCUCCAGGUUCAGUCUACGAAGGGGGCGUGUUCUUUCUGGACAUCACCUUCUCUUCUGAUUACCCCUUCAAGCCACCAAAGGUCACGUUCCGUACGAGGAUCUAUCACUGCAACAUCAAUAGUCAGGGUGUGAUUUGUCUGGACAUCCUGAAGGAUAACUGGAGCCCCGCUCUGACCAUCUCGAAGGUCCUGCUCUCCAUCUGUUCCCUGUUGACAGACUGUAAUCCAGCGGAUCCUCUGGUGGGGAGCAUAGCUACUCAGUACCUGACCAACAGAGCAGAACAUGACAGGAUAGCUCGACAGUGGACCAAGAGAUACGCCACAUAGACGGAGACCUGCGGCACCUCGAGCCACCCCACCUCCACCCCGGUUUCCCUUUGUGCCCCCCUCCUCCUCCUCCACUCCUCCCUCACCGCGAUCCCCCUCCCGCACCCCCAUCACCCGCAGGAGUGUAAAGAUCCAGGAGAGGCAACUUUACAACGUGCAACAAAUCUUUAUAGCCUUUACAAUACGGACUUCUGUGUAUAUGUCAUACUGAUUCUACCCCGUGUUUUUACCCAAUACGGACUGGGAGCGCAGACAGAACCGAGCGCGGUAAAGGCUGCCGGAGUAGAAUUUUGUAGCUGUAGAUUUAGUUCUGUUUAAAAAGCCUUCUUGCAAGUCUUGCUUCUUUGGGAUAUAAAAAUGUAUUUUGUGAUGUAAUAAGGAAAAUGUUCCUAAAGUCAACCAAAUAUUAUGGUGCAUUUUAGCCUAAUUCAUUAUCUGUAUGAAGUCGAUGGAAAAAAAAGCGAAAAAAAAGACUAAAAAAAAAUAACGAGCUGUAGAUUAUUAGAAAUGAUGUCAUUUAUAUGAGACCCACACUCAUUUCCAGUUCUGUGGUACAUGCUGUUGUGAAUCUGUUAUACCUUUGUCAGUUUGUAAUGAAGAGAUCUCAUUGAACGUUUUGUAGCUCAGCUGAAAUGAGCCAUCACUGUAACAUCCCCUCAAACACAAUAAAAAAACCUGUCCCCCGGC